AUGCCGAGGCUUUUCAAGAUGGUUCAAGAGACCCAAAACACACUCACAGACGAAUACCUCCUUCCUCUCAAAUCCUACAAAUAUUCCAGUGUGGACAAGUCUUUCAUCUCCAGAUACAUCCUCAAACAUUAUUGGAAUGCCUCGGUUGAACUCCUCCCACUAUGGAUGGCACCCAAUAUGGUGACCCUAUUGGGUUUCUUCUUCAUUAUUGGGAAUGUUGCUUUUGUAACCAUCUUUGUGCCUGACCUGGUUGGCCCCGGGCCAACAUGGGUCUACUUCAGUUUCGCCAUCGGUGUCUGGAUGUAUUCGACUUUGGAUAAUAUCGACGGAAAACAAGCUCGUCGGACAGGUACCUCAAGCGGACUAGGCGAGCUCUUCGAUCAUGGUAUCGAUUCUUUGAACUGUACUCUUGCUAGUUUGCUCGAGACGGCCGCAAUGGGGCUGGGUGCUACACAACUCGGCGCCUUCACCGCUCUAGUUCCGUGCUUGCCUAUGUUUUUCUCAACAUGGGAGACUUUCCACACACAUACCUUGUAUCUCGGCUACUUUAAUGGACCAACUGAAGGCUUGCUCAUUGCCAUCGGAAUCAUGAUUGCGUCCGGCAUCUACGGCCCUCAGAUCUGGCGCAACCAAGUGACUGAUGUUUUCGGACAUCCCGAGAUCUUCGGAACGAAUACCUUCUUGGACUUUUGGGUGGGUAUCGUCUUUGGAUCAUUUAUGGUUGCACAUCUACCAGCAUGUGUCUACAAUGUUGCGCAGGCCCGCAGACGCCAGGGCUUACCAGUAUUACCAAUCUUCCUAGAAUGGACCCCUAUUCUUGUCUUUACAGGCUCGGUCUUGGGCUGGCUAUUCUCCCCAUACUCGACUCUGCUAUCGAACAACCACCUGGUCCUCUUUUGCAUCGUCAUGUCGUUUGUUUUUGGCCGCAUGACUACGAAAAUCAUACUGGCCCAUUUACUCAAACAACCAUUCCCAUACUGGACGGUCAUGUUGGUCCCAUUAAUCGGGGGUGCCAUCCUCGCUAAUCUGCCUCGCAUCGGCCUCCCCGCUAUCGGCGCUACAUUUGAGCUCUGGUACCUUCGAUUCUAUCUCCUUUUUGCCUUUACCGCAUACAUGCACUGGGCAUUCCUUGUGAUUAACCGGAUCACGACAUUCCUCGGCAUCAAUUGUUUAACGAUCAAAGAAAAUAAAUCAACUGCCAGGGACACUGUCUAUCGCAAUUUUGGUGAUGUCAAGCCUAAUGGCGACGGCAAGACCGGCUUGAAGCAUCACUGA